AUGGGUGGCGUUCCAGUACUUGGAAGGCAAUUGGCUGGCGUAAUGGAGCUCAUCGUAGCUGAAGUCCGGAAGUCAGAAGAAAUCAGUGUGCCAUCAAUGAACAGGUAUGUCAUCUACGAAGGAUUCUUGCUGCCGUUGACAACAGACUUGACUCAACUUGGUCAAAGCCUAAUGUCAGAGCCAACAGACUACGAGCCCAAUUUGGCUGAAAGGAAUCCGAUCCCGAGUCUCCUUGGACGCUUUGACGAAUCCAGUGCGCACAUUGGCCACACAGGGCUGAAGAUGGAGGCACGGCAGCUGCUUGAAGUGAAGCUUAGGGAUUUAUGGCAUUGGGUGGAGGUCAAAAACGAGGCAUUUGGAAAUGAGGUUUGUGAUACUGUCCAAGAAGGACGGGAGGUGGAGCUCAGCCGCUCAAAGUCAGUGGUAGGCGUCAUGGGGCUGCUCAAAGAGGUCGUUGUGACCAAGCAGCUUUGCCGAGAGGAGGGACGUACAGUUCUCCACAGAAAGAAAGGUGGAGAACCAGAGUGUUUACCGUGGAAAUCAUUGGGCACCACUGUGACCAGAACGUUGGAGUGGGCCUUCACCGAUCUGCCACCAAGUUGCCGUGGCUUUCUGCGAAAAGCAAGUCCCAAUGGCUUCAGGUCUAUGCUUCGAAUGAUGCGCUGGGAUCAGCAGCCUCGAAUUUGUGUGGUACAGGAUGGCCACUUUCUUUGGUUUGACGAAGAGGGAGCCUCAAGCAAUGGCCAAGCCAAGGGCUGCAUCAACUUCCUUAUACAUAAGGCCUCCAUUGAGAAAGAUGGACGAAAUCCCAGUGGUUUCAUUAUAUCCCCUGCGCAGCCUGAAGGCUGGCAAAAUCCAAGCUCCUUCACAGGGAAUUCUUUUCGGUCCUUUACCUUUGAUGCAAGCGACUCUGAGAUUAAUUGUGACGCGUGGAUUUCAGCAAUCGCGGAGAACAUUCACUUUGCAAACCUGGCCGCCGAACAACUUGGUCCUGAGUUGUUCAGACAAGUGCGGGUUUACAAGCCAACCUUUGUUGAGCUGGAGACAUGA